AUGGAUAGCUCACCUAUAACACCUGCAACGCCCAACUUCUCUGAUACCAAUCACGAUUUUAAUCUCUCUGAAAUAGAUAGCAUAUCUGACUCGGAUUGGCUCGAUGUUUCUAGCCGUGCGUCCGAAGACGAGUCUGCAGGCAUCCCAGAGGACGAUCACGACGAAGUGUACGAUCGCCCACCAUCUCGUCGAUCUGUCAGCAGCCGCUCAAGUUCUCGCGAUGGCGAUGUGGAAGGCUGGGAGGGUUUAGUUGAAGGUGCUGAUGUUGACGACGAUGUCCUCUUACACGAACACUCUCACAGCGCCCACCUUCCUGCGGACGCAGUAACCCUCGACGUUGCCGAUUCUUCAGCCGAGGAGCAGCGUGUGAAGGAAGCUCUAGAUCAAAGCAUGAUCAGCACGUUGAGCUCUUCUCGUACGAGCUCGCUAAGCUCAUCCACGCAUGGUCCGGCUAGCCGCCCUCGCGACUUGAGGCUGUCGUUCCCAGACCCUUUGACCAGUUCCCAAGACGAGCUCAAUGGGUCAUACGAAGAUGUAUUGCCCGCCUUACGAGGACCCAAUACUCGAUUAUCUCGAUUCGAGCCUGGUGUCGCCACCCUUGCACCAUCAUCGUCACCAAAGGAUCCAGGCUUAUCUUCCAUACCUGAGGUCCCCCAGACGGUCGAUUUCACACACGUUGAUUUUCAGAUCGUCCUUUAUGGUAUUUCGACUAUGGGCAAGUGGCAGUUUGUCGAGAAACUUCUGGGCAGAUUGGCGCUCGGCUUAGGUCUGGCGCUUUCUCAUCGCGACACACGAUCGACUUACGUGUCAAUCUAUACCUUGAAUUCGGACCAUGCUCGUUUCCUGGCCUCGCAGUACACUAUUUCCAUACUCGAUAGAACGGACUCAUCAAGGGAGCGCAUUUCGGACACGGUGUCAAAAACUCUGGCGGUGGUCUUCCUCCCUUCAGCUCUUUCCUCCUUGCCAUCUCAUACGCUCUAUCUUCCUGUCUUUACUUCGCCAUCUGUACCCAAUGAUACAGCUGGUCUGUCUAGGACAUUCUUGCGUCAGGCAAUCGAAGACAAGUGGCAGGAUCUACGGGCGCCCCUCAGCCAGUUGUUGCUCGUGAAUGAAGAUUAUCCCUCCGCAGUUAUCAGUGAGGAGGAAGUCGACACCUUGGAGCCGUCUGAGGUGGCUGUCGGCUUUCGACCACUCCUCCCGCACGGCAGGAAGGGGGUGAACAUGAAGGCAUUGACGGCUGUUAUCGCUAGCCUUGGGCUGUUGUCGAUCGUUCUUGCCUACAUCGUUAGUGGGUCGUCUCCCACAGGAUCCAUACCGGUAGUCUCAAAGGUGGAGAAGCACCCUUCAGCGUCUCUCGCUACUAUCAUAAGCAAUGGUUCUAACCAUUCGUCUAUCCAUGUGACGCCACCCACGUCCACCGCCCUUGGGACAACAUCGUUGAAGGAAUUUGCUUUGGCUGUCUUCAGCCCGGUUUCUCUUGACUCAUCUUACGGAUCGCGACGUUCUCGUGCUUCCCCCACUUCAGGGAGUCUACCCAUCACGAGCAGUGGGUUACCAUUUAUCAAGAAGAUCGAAGACACAUCAGCAAACCAUGGAGAGCUGCCAUCCAAACAAUUGUUGGCCCAUCCUCUCACCACGUCAUUGUCGUUGACCAGCUUACCCGGAUCCAAGGCCGUAUCCAUCUUUCACGUGGCGGCCGAGCAUUGUAAGACGAAGAUACCUGCACCGACCGCGCAGUCCAUGUACUCGCUGAGCACCCGCCUUGCCAGUUCACUAUCAGACAUAAUCAGUGCCAAAAUGAUCGCCUCUGCCAUCCAAGCAGAUGUGAAGGAGCUGCUCGACGCGUUGAACGAACUUUUGCAGGUGCUGGAGACGCAGACUGCCAUGGCACUGCGUUUGUCGAAGGCCGCUACAGACGGCUUGCGCGAACAUUUGUAUCGCGGUCAUCGCCGUGCACAGCAGCGUGCGCUACAAAUUCGGAGGAAAGGCGAGCAGGCCAUCACGACGUUCGGUGAACAAGCGAAGGGACGGAUCGAUCAAGCAAAGUCGAGGGCCAGAGCGUUCAAAGACAGAUUGAGCUCAGAGGUCGCGGUCGCCUAUCAGAAUCAGCGGGCGAAGGGCAUCAUUCCGACGUUCAAUGAGCAUGUCCAAGGUCAUAAGGAGAGACGGGCGGCGAGGAGAUUAGCAAGGCGUAAGAUGAGGGGGCGUUUGGAUCUCUAGACAGCAGGUAUCUGGAUUUUAGUAUGUGUCGCGUUUCAAUGCGACCUUUUCUCUCUCUUCCGUACUAUGCCUCAUUAUAUGCUCGCUGUAUUGCACGGUUGUGCGUUUGUACUCCUACAGUCCGUAUGCUAUGUACAUUGAUGACACCUGUCGUCUGCCCGGCGUUGUAGGCUACGACAUUCAUGUGCAUGGUCGAACUUGUUGUAUGUUUUAUAUUAAAUUGUCGAUACUGUGUGCCCCUAGUC